UAGGAGGUUGCCAACGGUAUUGUAGUAAGCUGUAACCCAAAAAUGCCAUUUCUCUCUCUAAAAGCUGUCCCUCUCUCUCACUCUAUUCAUAUAUAGAUAGAUAGAUAGGCAAAAGCAAAAGAGAUUGAAUUUCAAAGAAGAGAAAGAAAUCAAAGCCAAAUCCUUAAUUUGUCUGUUCCCCUGUCUCUCUUCUCCUGUUGUUUUUUUCAGCUUCACCUUCAAUUUGCCAUGUUAUGUUUUGUUUUGUUUGGAAGAUUAAAUGUAGAUUCCCCUCCCAUCCAUUCUCUUUCUUAUUCUUUUAGAGAUGGAUGUUCUUGAGAAAUUCUACUUGGUUUCUCUCUUUAUUUAUGAAAUUUCUUGUGCCAAAAUGCAGUACAGAUCAGAUCAGAUGAGGGAGGGAGGGAACUAAAGCUUGAAAUAUGAAAGAUACCUACUUACUACUUCAUCUUUUACAUAGUUAGCACCAAAUCAAAUCAAAUCAAAUAUAAUCUAAUCUUCUUCUCCAAAUCAAUUCAUUAUUCAUAUUUUUUCUAUGUACAAUGAGAAAGCAGGGAUGGCAACUUCCUUACCAUCCACUCCAGGUAUCCUCUCUCUCUCUCUCUCUCUCUCUCUACACAUUCUAUUUAUGUAUGUCUUGUGUGUGUGUGGGCAGGUAGUGGCAAUAGCAGUGUUUUUGGCACUGGGAUUUGCUUUCUAUGUAUUCUUUGCUCCUUUCAUGGGAACCCCAUUCUUCCAAUUCAUACUUACUGGGAUUUACACCCCUCUUAUGGCAUCUGUCUUCGGGCUAUACAUUUGGUGUGCUGCAGCUGAUCCUGCAGACCCCGGCGUCUUUCGAUCCAAAAAAUACCUUCAUUUUCCUGAUAAUAAAAACAAUGCUACUGAAUCGACACAUGAUCAUAAUACUGGAAAUGAAAAACACAACCCCUCACUCUGUCAGAGCUCCUGGUUUCCUACCAUCCCGGGUUUCUUGCUGUGUUCUUCGUAUCUUUGUUAUUCAUGUAAAAAUUCGGCAGAUCAACAGGGAAGUGAAGAGGGGAUGUUCUACUGUAGUCUCUGCGAAGUAGAGGUUUUCACAUACAGCAAGCAUUGUAGAGUUUGCGACAAGUGUGUCGACUGCUUCGAUCAUCACUGCAGGUGGAUAAAUAAUUGCAUAGGGAAAAGGAAUUACCGGACGUUCUUCGCGCUUAUGGUAUUCGCCCUUCUCAUGCUUGUACUCCAAUGGUCGACCGGAAUCUUUGUCCUGAUCCAGUGCUUUGUCAAGAAGAAGCAAUUUGAAGAGGACAUCGCCUCCAAGUUAGGGAGCAGCUUCUCUGUGGUUCCUUUUGCCAUUGUCGUUGCAGUGUGUACCUUCCUAGCCAUGGUUGCUACGCUGCCACUGGCUCAACUCUUCUUCUUUCAUGUUAUUCUGAUCAGAAAGGGAAUCAGCACGUACGAUUAUAUUGUAGCUCUGAGGGAGCAAGAGCAAGAAGCUGCUGAAGGUCAGAAUAGCCCCCAGAUGUCUACACUCAGCUCUAUCACGGGCCUAAGCAGUGCGAGCUCCUUCAACAAUUUUCAACGAGCAGCAUGGUGCACGCCCCCUCGCCUGUUUCUUGAUGAUCAGUUUGACGCAAUUCCUCCAGACAAUGCAUCUGUUAGUUCAUUAGGGAAAAGAACAGCAAUGGAGGAGCCAUCAAAGAAAAAGAAUGCCGCACCUAUCAAGAUCAGUCCAUGGGCAUUGGCUCGUCUGAAUGCAGAGGAUGUCUCAAAGGCUGCUGCCGAGGCAAGAAAGAACUCCAAGAUUCUACGCCCAACAGAAAAAAAGCAUGAAACAGCAUCUUCCCUUGAAACAAAAAGCACCAGUUUAGACAGCAGCAGUCGCAGGAUCUCCCUGAGGCCCAACGAUGACAGCCUUCCCAUAUCCGAGCCUGUACAUAGGAUUGCAACAGUAGAAGGCAACACAGGCCAUGCCAUCACUGAACCUGCACAUACAUUCAGGAAAAGCCACACUAUGCGAUGCUCUGUUAGGAGCAGUAACUAUUCGUCUCCUGAGAGUAGUUUAAGUUCUCCUGAGAUUUGCCCUUUGAAUGAUGCUUCAACAUCGGGAGCCAAAUCAAAAAGGAGAAAUUCAUUGUCAAGAUCAAAUAGCAAUGACUAUGGUGAAUCCAGUGGAGAAGACAGUGAUCACGGCACUAGAAGAAUCCUGCACAGAUCAGCUAACUGGAGAAGCCUCAUACAUGGUUCCGACACUGUUCAACAGUAUGAACCUACAUCCAAGCGUAUGGAAGAAUGAACACAGGUGGUUAUCUACAGCAGCAUUCUACGAUCAAUUUUGUGCCCACUAGGAGGGAAUAGGCACGAGACAGAUUCAGUUCUCAGACAACUGUCUUCUCAGCUGCCAAACAUGUUUUCGAGACACUUUUUUGCUUCUGAAAAGAUUAGGAUUGCAUAGUCUUAUGGCAUCUCGCCAACAGAUGAUUUUUUUUUCGUUGUAGAGAAAUGCAAAACAACAUUUUUUUGAAGUGUAACGCAAAGAAAGUGUCCCUUGCUCUUAUUCCUACGUGUCUAGUAAAUAACUUAAGGACUAAAAAGCACAUAUUUUCUUCUGGUUG